CAGAGGCGAUCGUCGGGGUUCGGCGGGAGCAUCCUAGCCGGGGAACCCCUCACCGCUGGCCGGGGAAUCCUAGGAGCCCAGUACACCCCGAGCUGCGCGCUUUCCCGGGAGUAGAUCGCAGGAGCCAUGUCCGGACUGCGCGCCCUGCUGUGCCUCGGGGCGCUGCUGGCCCGCCAGGGCUCCGCAGGACUCUGGCUCCUUCUGAACCCAUCCCGUGCCAACUUGUCUGUUGGGCCCAACUCUGAGGUCUUGCCUGGCAUACAUCCCGGUGGUCCCGCCCACGUGGAGGUUAACAUCUCAGCCACCGGCACCCUCCCCAACGGCACGCUAUAUGCAGCCAGGGGCUCUCAGGUGGAUUUCAGCUGCUGCAGCGCUGCACAGCCUCCGCCCAAGGUGGAGUGGUGGAUCCAGACCUACAGCAUCCUGGAAUUCUUAGGAAAGAACCUGUCAGCCAACAGCUUCACGCUGAUGCUCAUGUCCCAGAACCUCCAAGGCAACUACACCUGCUCAGCCACCAACGUGCUCAGUGGGAGACAGCGAAAGGUGACCACCGAGCUCCUGGUCUACUGGCCCCCUCCAUCAGCUCCUCAGUGCUCGGUGGAGGUGUCUUCAGAAUCAACUUCCCUGGAACUCGCCUGUAACUGGGACGGGGGAUACCCCGACCCGACCUUCCUGUGGACCGAGGAGCCUGGAGGAAUGAUCGUGGGAAACUCAACGCUGCAGACGCUGAGCCCGGCACAGCUGUCGGAGGGCAAGACGUUCAAAUGCGUUGGGAACCACAUACUGGGACCCGAGUCUGGAGCCAGCUGUGUGGUACAGAUCUCGAGCCCCUUAGUGGCAUCUCAGCCCAUGAGAACUUGCUUCGUGGGGGGCAACGUGACACUCACCUGCCAAGUGAUGGGAGCCAACCCACCUGCGAGGGUCCAGUGGCUGAGGAACCUCACGCAGCCCGAGGCUGCCAUCCAGCCCAGCAGCCGCUACAUCAUCACCCAGCAGGGCCAAAGCUCCUCUCUCACCAUCCACAAUUGCUCCCAGGACCUGGACGGAGGCUUUUACUUCUGCCGGGCCGAGAACCCUGUCGGGGUGAGGGCGGUAGACAUCUGGUUGAGUGUGAAAGAACCUCUGAACAUCGGGGGCAUCGUGGGCACCGUGGUGAGCCUCCUCCUGCUGGGACUGGCUGUUGCUUCAGGCUUCAUGCUGUAUUACAGCCCUGCCUUCUGUUGGAAGGCGGGGAGCACGUUCAGGGGACAGGACAUGGGUGACGUCAUGGUUUUGGUGGAUUCGGAAGAGGAGGAGGAAGAAGAAGAGGAGGAGGAGGAGAAGGAAGAUGUGGCUGAAGAGGUGGAACAGGAGACAAAUGAGACAGAGGAGUUGCCGAAAGGGAUAAGCAAGCAUGGACACAUUCACAGGGUGACUGCUCUGGUCAACGGGAACUUAGACCGCAUGGGGAAUGGACUUCAGGAGUUUCCGUAUGACAGUGAUGGGCCGCAGAGUGACACUGUUCAAGAGGAAGACAAGCCAGUUUGAUGAAGAGGAUGAUUCACUGUCGGUGCUGUCUUGCACGUUCAAUCCGUUUUCGGCAACCUUCUCACCGUGGUGCCCCGGGGAGCUCGUGUUAGAGACUGCUGGGGUCUCCGCGGCACAGACCCUGCAUCUCCCCUUCCAUCUGUCAUCUCCUACUGACUCCAUUUGGUGUGAGUCACCUCAGCGGUGUGAAGUGCACUGAGAAAGGAGCAGCCGGUGCGGAGCACAGCUGCAGAGGCCGUAGUGGUGUCUGAGGGGUCACUUGGCUGUGAUUCCUGGCUCUUUCCCAGGUGAUUGGCUGUGACAGACACUGAUGGGGGACUGGGGUGGGGUGGGGCACUUGGUACCUGUGCACUGUGCCGUUAGUCAAGGUUUGUAGACUGCUUACCCAACAGGAAUAUGGAGGCGAGGAACCUUCCUGGCAGAGGGGAGGUGUCAGCUACCAGAAGGCAGUUGGAUUUGGGCCUGAAGCUUGAAAUCUUUUAUUUUGUGUCUAUUUUCCUAUCUAGACCACCCCUGGAGCAGUACCUACUUUCCAAGCUCCUGAGAGAUGGAGGAGGUAGUUUGGGGUGUAGGAGUGCCUAGUUCCACAGAGCUACUGCAGGGGCCUUCAUUGUAGACUCUCAGCUCCGCCCACCCCAACUAUGCUUUAUUCCCUAGAGAGGAUUGCACCUUUCCUUACAGCCUUCGCGGUGUACAGACAGAGCUGCGUAUGGUCGGUUAUAAAAGCCUAAGUGAUGAACCUAAGGCUGCUCUUUCCUCAUGUCUCCUGUGCUAAGCAAGAGGAACUUUCCCUAAUAGAGCAUCACCUGAUAACAGAACUGGACAGACGGUCCCCCUGGACUCGGUGUCUGUGUCCUGGAAAUGGGAGUAUGUGUUUCCAUCCUACUUACUAGGCCAGUAAGUUUCAAAAGAAAAUAGUGGGUGAUGACGUUAGCUUGGGACAGCUAGGUUCUGGGGCAGCUAGGUUGGGGGAGGGGGGCAAUUUUAUUUUAUUUUAAAAUUUCAUCUAAACAUUCUGAAGUCAGGGAUCUUCGAAGGGUGCAAUAGGCCUGUGCUAACCAUGAAAAUCUGACUUGAAAUUUGCACUCUGUACUCAUGUACAUCUCUUGGGCACAUCCCGCUCAUACAGGACAAGAUCUAAGGCUUGAAGGACUUUUUGACACUGGGGCCCGGCCCGAGAUUUUCCUGUGGAGCUGGUUAACAGAAGUACCUGUGAGAUAUGGGAGGGGCUGUCUGUUCUCUUUGAAUGCAGGGACUAAAGUGAAGAAACCACUGUGUGGUGUGGCCCAUCCUGAGGUCAGGGCACGGAGGAGUCCAUCUGACUGUGAAUUGGGAGCCCUUGAGAAUGGCUGUGACAUGUAGUUCUCUUGCUUAGUGGUGCCACAGCCACUCUGUCAUCUCACAGUGGGACCACGCGGGUUGCCUUCAGUCCUGCGAGCUGGCCUUUCCUUUGAGGCCCGAUGACAAGAGUUCCUGAGUUUGUCCGCGACUCAGAGGCAACUUUAAAAGAGACGUUAGAGGGGAAGUGGCUAGCUGGGAACAUGGUGAAUGUUUGGUGAGACCACUCAGUGCUUCCCAUAGCUUCCUCUUGUGUGCACACCUGGCGGCAGGAAAUAUUUGAGGGCUUUUCCACUAGCCAAUGAGAGCUUCGAGGGGCUUGGUGCCAAAUGCUGUUCUCAAGCCCCGACCACUUAUCACUGUGGAUUUUAUCAGCCUGUGUGCACAUUUAUGAAGUGGCAGUUUGGUUAAGAGCCCAGGCACCAAAGGGCUUUGUCGUAAGGCUUUGUGAAAAACUGGAACCCACAUCCCCUCUUCCCUUUGAUGCAGUCCAUACCCAGAUCUCAAGGCGUAUGUGUUAAACGCCAAAGUACAAUUUGUGCAUUAGUCUUUAAAAAAAAAAUUCUGCAUGUAUUAGUAAACUGAUGAGAUCCACUUGUUAGAACUAGGAAGAAAACCACUUCAUGGUGGUUUUAAUUACAUUGAUUUCCCUCAAAACUGAGGAGUCAUGGGAGACAGGCUGUGCCCUCCUGUGGCUUUGGCAUUGGCUCUGUUUCUCACAGUCGUAGAAGGAAGCAUGUAGGAUAUAGAAGGUGUCUUCUCUGGGUACAGCUUUUAUACAGUAAGUGCCAAUCAAACUUCUCACCACAGGACUGGCUACCAGCUGCUGCAAAGAAAAACUGCAGAUGGGUCAACAUGGUUGACCUUAACCAUUUCGUAGGAAAAAAGUUGGGAGAAAUUAGUUCUAAGGUUAUAAAUUUUUAAGACUUUGGAAUAAAGUUACUUUUU